GUCAUUGUUGAUCCACGCUCUCAUUAGGAUAAGUGGUAGGUGGUAUUGACAUCAGGAACAAACAUCGGAAAUGUGGUUCCUUUAUAUAGGGAGGAUGUAUGACCAGGGGUGACCAUGUUCUUAAGAGGAACCGGUUCAGCCACUGGAGAUAAAUAUACUUGGAAAAAGAACGCGUGAAUGGAAAUAGAUGGUUCAUUCUCAUUUGAAUCGUAGAUAAGUUGCAUUUAUUCCUUAUUUCCCCUCUUUUUUUAUGUAUUAGUCAACACGUAUACAAAAAUCUUGAUUAUGGAAUUAUCAAAAUCAAGUAUUUCUCAGCAUUUUUAAUGUAUAUAUCGUUAAACGAAGAAUGGUAGUCAAUUUGUAUAUGGUUAUUCAAAUGAAAGAUAAAUGAUAACAGCAAACAGGGGAACAUAUUAAAUGAAGACAAUUUCGGGCAAAAUAGAAUGACUUAAGCUGACCCAUGAUUUUGUUUUUUACCACGAUUUAUUCAUAGGUCAAAUCAAGCCAUUGGACUGCGAUAUUUUGUUUGAACGUGUAGCAGUCAUUUCAUUAAAAGGUAUAGAGUAAAGUAACACGCGAAAAUAUUCAUACUUGUCCUAGAAUAUGAUUUAAUUUUGAAUUUCAAGAUGGUAUCAACAGAUCGAUCAAGUUUUAGGGAAAGGUUGUUGGCGCAUCAAUCGACCUGCAGUCGAAAAAAUAGCAAUUAUGUAUAUGGUACUGAGAUGAGAUGGAGGCCAAACUGAGAGGCGUAUACGCACUCGUCGUGAUUCAAGCUCGGCGACGAAGAGCGAUUCUCAAACUCAUCACUAGCAAGCCAACCUUCUACAUAACGAAGAUAUGCCAUAAUGGUGACUUAAUCGUGUAAACGAUCAAAGUGUACUGCUAUGGCGAUUUUAAGAUUGAUAUUGCCAUCUUUAUUAAUCCUUUUGAUACGUACUGUGAGCAUCCACUGUGAGAUGUGCAAAACCAUCUACCCAUUCGCUGAAGUGUCGACCAGCUCGUUUAAGGUGGACUUUGAGACCGUCCCCGUAGAUGAUAUUGAUCACUCCUAUGAUCUCAGAGCUAACUUCAGCUGGGAAAAUCCGCAAGGAACAGGAUAUGACCAGUUUAUGGUUCGCAGUGUCAAGGCAGAUGGAGAACUAUAUUCCUCCAGAUUGAAUUGUGAGGAUGACACCUACAUAUAUGUGAUCGACACGUUUGCAGUGUUCAAUAAUCUUCAGCAUGGCUCAUUAUAUGCCUUCCAGGUGGGCCUCUACGAUUCGACAUCCCAUGGCGCGCAACAAUUCGCGAAGGAAUUUGCGUCGAAAGCACCCGAUUGUUACUUGGAGACGUCCGACCUGAACUACUGCGCGUCAAGAGACAUAGCAACAAUCGGUGUACCUGUAGACGUACGUACAGAAGAUAUCAUCAAGUAUCAAGACACAAAUCACACGGUGACUAUCCAUGUGACGUGGCGUCGUCCAGUGCAGAUCAACGGACUUCUCACCUAUUUUCUACUCAAAGUGGAUAACGAACAAGGCACCCUAUUCAACAAACUUCUAGAAGUUGAUAAAGUGUACGCUGAGGGCCCGGAUGUUACAUUCUACAUAUAUAUUCCCACUAUCCCAGAGGGUAAAGACACCAAUCUCCGAGUGACUGCGUACGUAUACCAAGAGGGACAUGUAAGCAGUAUUCCUGGACCUGAACAUCGCGUUUCUUUCCUCACGAUUCCAACGUUUAACGUAACGGUUGCUCGACCUACGGGGCUGGAUUCACCGGGUGUGCAGAUCAAACCAACUAGAACGCCGCCACAAAGUCCCCAUGUAGACAGCACGACCAGUCGUGUGCAAGUGUUUCUAACAGAUGCUUUAACUGAUGCCCCAAGGGAGACCAGUCCUUUUAUACAGACCACUCCUCUAUCUCCUGAUCAAGGCCAAAGUGAAUGGAUCAAGGUCUUACUCUACUCAGGCGUACCGGCAUUAGUUCUUACCUGCUGUAUAGCCGCCAUCUUGGUUCGCUUUCGACGGAAGCGGUCUAAAUCCAGCGACGAGACCCUUUUCAUUCGCUACCUGGAGAACGGUAAUUCUGACAAGCCUCCGACACCUAAAGUAAAGCGACCAUCUAUAGACCUCACGCCUAAGGAUCCUGCAUUUGAGGGCAAAGAGUUCGACAGAUCACUCUUGAAGAUUGAGAAAGAAUUAGGUGCCGGUCAGUUCGGCAUCGUCUAUAAAGCUUUUGCAUUCGGCCUGAAUGGAAUAAAGGAAUACGUCCCUGUAGCUGUUAAGAGUUUGAGGGUGAACGCUACGCCAGGGAUGGAAGAGGAUUUCUUGAAUGAGAUUAAACUGAUGAUCGACCUGGGACAACACCCUAACAUCCUGCAGAUCAUCGGCUGCUGCACGGUACAUGAACCCAACUAUCUCAUCACGGAGUACAUGAAGUAUGGGGAUCUACUUCACUUCCUGUGGAAAUGCAGAGAGGACAAGUACCGGAGACAAGACAGCAUCUUUGACCUCACCCAGGCCAACCAGCUCCAGAUCUGUCGCCAGAUCUCUCGUGGAAUGGAAUACAUCUUCAAGACGCGUUAUUACCAUGGCGACCUGGCUGCUCGUAAUGUGUUGGUCGGUGAGGGAUUAGAAGUGAAGGUAUCGGAUUUUGGUCUCGCUGAUGACAUCUAUCAGAGCGGCUACAAACGACUGGCCCCAGACAAGAAAAGACCUGUCAAGUGGGUCAGUCUAGAAACUAAUACCAUCGGAAGAUGCACCAUACAAAGCGAUGUCUGGUCUUUCGGAAUCGUGAUGUAUGAGAUCUACACGCUAGGUGGCGUACCAUACCCGGGAAUGGACGGAAGAGAGAUCAUAUCGAAACUACAAGAAGGAUAUCGUAUGCCUAAACCAGACCAGUGUCCUGAGGAUGUCUAUGACAUCAUGAAAGCAUGUUGGCAUGCCAACCCAUCAGAGCGUCCGACCUUCACCACCAUUUUCAAGCGAUUGGAUGACAUGCUCGCCGUCGAUUCCGACUACCUCACCGCUGACUUCGACGACGUCCAACAAUUCAGCUCUACAACAGCGCCAUCCCACGAUGACAAGAGAACAGUCGGCCAGAACUUCACAGGUGAAGAUGUGAACAUGUCAACACUGGAUAAAAGGAACGAGGAUGAGGAGGAGGAGGAGGAAGAGGAUGAUCUCGGGAAGAUGACUGAUUCGGUUGCUAUGGAACCUACUUCCAUGGAAACGGCUAUGGGUCAGGGAAAUCCUGGAUUUCUGAUGGAGGAAGAGGAAUGCUCGGUUUCGAUCAAGCGAGACAACAGGAUUGUAUUGGAUCCGAGAGAGCAUGGUAUGGGUAUUACUGAAGUGGUAUCAGGGAGAGUGUAAGAGGAUACCAAGGAUAGCUCUCUACCAUCAUGUCAAGCUAGUCCCAGGUAUCAGCGCAGAUACAGAUGACGUUGAGUGGUAUCUGUGACGUUAACAACUGGUUUACAAACAAUAAUCUAGGUUCAGUAUCUGUUAACAAUAUAAUAAAACAUAUGACCAUAUGACUAUGAACAGUUCUCUUUGUUCUAUCCUCUAAAACAUUUUUUUUUGGAUGAAGCACUUGCAAAUGAAUCAAAAAUAAUCAAAUUAAUAUUAACAUGCAUCUAUAUUAGAUGAUUCAUUUCAAAACUAGAAGUACCAGCUUUGAAAGACUGCAUAAAAACAUUACAUGGACGGUUGAAAAGAUUCAUUAUCUUUGUCUUAAUGUAAUACUUGACUUUUCAUGAGCUCAAAACGCAUAUGGUUCUUACAUUGGUCGUUAUGCUUUUUCGCAUUCAGAAUGGCAGAAAGAAAGCAAGAGAAAGAGAGAAUGGACAAACUUAAACUAUUUUGACACAUAUCGAUCGCAAACAUGAACGUAAUUUAUGUUCUUCAUCACAGAUAAUUGAUAUGACAAUGUAUAUACACAUACCUGGAAAUGUAGUUUUUGUUACAGUUCGUUGCAUUUACUAUACUCUGAAUCCUGAAAAGAUGGUAUCUUUUAUUAUAGGAUUAUAGAGACAGCUGAAAGCCUGCUUUCCCUGGGGAAAUAGUGGUCGUGCAAAAACGUACAUAAGAGUUUGAUUAGAUUGUGGUAUUAGUGCACAUGCUGUAUAUAUUUGAGAACCUCAUUGGGGAAAAGUAGGUGGCUGAACUAGAAAUACCUUUGUCAGGAUUGUGAAACUCGUGUUUAUUUUUCAGGAAACACGGGGAAGGGAUAUGGUAGCAAUGUUUGACAAUUAACGAUCAUUGUAAGGAUAUCUAGAUGGAUCUUUUUCAUGUUGAUACUCCAUAAAUAUACUUUCGAUCUUGUGACAUAUGUAAAUGUUUACUUUUAAUUCGAGUUCCGGACAAAGGUAGCAUCAGAGCAAGUCUUUAGAGAGGUGGAAAGCGAGACAGGUAGAUAAACUGUGACAUACAUAAAUCGUAAGGAGGAGACGAUGUUGAGAAAUAACAAAACAAAGAAAGUCAGAGAGAUAACAACAAGAGGAAAGAAAGGAAGAGAGAGAGAGAGAGAGAGGUUGAGAUACAGAAAGAAAGAAAAAGUGGAUUAUGUUAGGAUGUCCAAUUGGUAGUGUGUAUUUGAAUCGGUUCAUUUAUCUACUAAGGGUGUUUAUCUUUUGAUUUGUCAUCGACAUCUUCUUGUUUCUAUAUAUUAAGAUUUACUUAGUAUCUUACAAUGUAAUAUAUAAAAGAUCAACAACAUAAAACCGUUAUCAUUAUACUCUCUGUAAAAGUUGUUUGUGAAAGUCUUCAACUGCAAGCAAUGUUUUUGUAAGUAGAAUUGUCUGAACAUUGCAUCAUUUUUAUACCCAACACAUUUUAGGUUAUAAUUGAAGAACUUCGGGUUAUAGUUAUUUAGUUGUUUCCCCCGGAUCCCUGUGACUGAUUUUAAAUCUUCACUGUUGUUUUGUAUCCACUGAGCUGUACGUGUAUACUUAUUUAAAAAAAUGAAUUGUUCUGUGUGGAAAGUAAUUACAGAGAAAUAAGACAAAACGCCACCGAAGCAGAAAAUUAGUAGGUGUUUUAACAAGCCUACAUUAUUAUCAGAAAUGAAACAUCAUUUGAAAUCUACCUGCCAUAAAAAAGGGAUCUCCCUCUUCAAACCUCAAUUACUUCCAAUAUCUAAUUUCUUAAUUCUUAUGGUGGAACUAUAUUUAAUUUUCAAGGGAGGACUUUGAUAAUUCAUGAUUUAUCUUAGAUAAAGUGCCUAUAGAGCAGUAUAAUGGAAAGGAAAGUAUAUUAAAUGAGCUUUCAAUUAGACAUGCCAAUUGCAGAUUCGCCAUAUCAUUAAGAUAAGAUUGUGUAAAGGUGAAAAAUAAUAGGUAUGUCAGUUUGGAAGACUAUAAUCUAUAGUAGGAGUAUGCUCUGACAAAAAAAGAGUGCUUUUAGAGUGCCUUCACAUUAUAAACAUGACAAGACAUAUCUGAAAGUUCGGAU